AUGUCUCAUCUAAUGUCCUUCUUCUCUUCGGACGAUCCGGUCCCUGAAGCUAUUGAGUCACACCCUCUCAACGAGCUUCCUCCAACCACAGCCCAUACGUACCCACCUGCAAGUGGUACAUUGGCUAGUCCAGUUAUUUCCUCCAACAAGGAGUGUCUGAUGGAGUUAGACAAUCCUUGGCAGUCUGUCCAUAGGGUGAGAGAUGACAAUGAGCAGCGGCUGAAUAAAGUCUUGCUCAAGGAAGUCGAUCAGUUGUUCAAGCUGCGUGAAGAUGUGCGUGAGCUACAUUUUAGCAACCAUAAUCUUCUACUCUGGAAACGCAACACGCAGGUCACCUCAAAUGUUCGUGAAUCAGAUAUGCAGUUGACCAUUGUACAGUAUCAGCAACAGAACCAAUCUCUUCAGUGUGACAAUGCUAAUGCCCUCGCCUCCUUGGACCAGAACCAUCGUAAAGAAGUAGCAGAGCUUCAGAGCAAUAUGGCACUUGGUCUUCAUAAAGCCCAAAACGAGGGCCACGCUGAAAUAGAAAACUUAUUGGUGGAGAAGGAGGUUCAAUUUGAACACGAAAUGCAUUUAGCAAGAGAUAGGUUUUUGGCCGACAAUGAAGCUGAAUUAACCCGCUUGGAUGCCAAGUAUAGUUCCAAGAUUAAUUUGUUGGAUGACUUCAUGUCAAAGACUGACUUCCGUGGCAGUCUAGGACCUUCGAAGGACAUCAAUGCUCUAACACUUGAAAGCGAUGCACCAUCCCUGAAGCACAAAAUCGAUUUUGGUGACUUGGUCACCCCUCGAAAGCGAUGUGUUCUAGAAUCCUAUUCUACAGGCGACAUGUGUCAAGUUGUUGUGGUAUAUUCUGAUAUCACGCCAAAAAUAAGUCACCACCACACUGACUUAAUCAGUCCGAUGGUGAAGCGGUUGUUCAGGGAAGCAUCUGACAUUUUUAUGAAGUGUCAAGCGGAUGUUCAACUAGGUCCCUUUGGGAUCAAACAUGUGACACUUUAUGAGCCGUGCAACACCAAGACCUUCAUAUGGUCUCUACCUGUGGAAAUCCUCAUCACUACCGUCACACUUCUAGGAGCACAAGAUCUGUGUUCUGUCACGCAAGUUUCUUCUCCGCUGUCCUUUGUCCAAAGAGACUUUCCAACUUCCCCGAAGAAUCUAUUUCACAUUCGUGUGGACUUGCCAAAUUUUGACGUCUUGUCAACUUGGAGACGAACGGAUAAUUUUUGUCCACUGUGCAUGGUGCUGAGUUGGCUGGAUUCUGAUUUGCAAUCCUCACAGAUAUCCACAUUGUCGCACUUCCUCGAGUCCAUCCCCCACAAGUUGAUAAAAUACAUCACACUGUUUUGGAACUUCGACAUUCUCACUUCUCCAGUUCUCUCUCAAAUGGUUGCAUUACUAGAAAAUAUCUGUCCUUCUGGCGUCGAAGAACUGACAUGCAUGGGUUUCUGUGAUGGCACAGUCUCGCCGUCUAUCACUGGCCUUACCCGAAUCCAGGCGUGCAUAGGUGCAAACAACCUGAAAGCCUUUGAGGCUUCUUCACGGGCGUUUUUUUCCCCAAAGAUCGUUCCUUUCACAAUCCAGACCAUCCGUCUUUCCCCCUGUUUGGAAAAACUUCGACUGAGUUCUGUCAAGCUCAGUGCUGCACACUGGGACAAACUCAUGCACCACUUCACAAUCCCAACACUUGUCGAACUCCGAGUCGAUGCUGAUUGUGCGCCACCCACGCUCAUUCAUUUUCUAGUCCGUCAGCCUGCUGUCAGUAACCUCAGUGUCAUUCCGCGACCUGCUGGUGUUCCCUGGAGGGCUAAUCGAGUUACCAAACCUUUCAUUCUUUCUCUGUCUACCCUGGACGGACCCUUGUCACAUCUCCUUCCAAUCCUUCAGAGUCAUCGUAAACAACAAAACCUCACCUGCCUUCACAUUUCCUUACAAGCUCAUGAUGCAUCGCCUGACUACAUCACUUCCAUUUUACAGUGUGUUGGCCAUUGUGACAGCAUCGGAUAUCUCCUCCUUUCCCUACCUAAUAGUCAUUCUAGUGCAGUGAUGAUGUGUUGGUCAGGCACCCGUUCGAUGGUCCGCAUCAAACACUUAGUGAUUGACUGCUCAGAUGGUUCAGCCAGAUGUGCUACAAGUGAUUUGUUGGCACUAUCUGCAGCUUGGAUUCAAGCCCUUCCUCAAGUCAAGUGUGUUACUUUGCAAGGUUACUCGGCUACUGCUGCCGGGGAUCUUGUCGACAUUAUGCGUAGCUUUGCUCCAGGCGAUGUCGAACUGGCUGUGGAUCUGCAGGUCUCACCAGACGGCUUGCCUGGGAAUCCUGGUGGCAAAGAAGUACCCACCGCUAUGAAAACCGCACAUUUGCUCCAAGCUGCUAACUUUGCUCUAUUGUCCGAGUGUAAAGCAUCCUUGCUUCAUCUCGCUCGCCAGCAGCUAGAGUCUGAUGCUUUACAGGUCGACAAUCUUGCUGCCGAGUUAUUUGCUAUCACAUUAACCGACAAUGACGUCAAUCCAGACAGCCACAGCAAACUCUGGAAUUCCUGUGCAGAAGUUCAGCAGGAGAAGGGACAAGCCUAUCAUUCUCUGGACAGUGCAGCUACAUUCACGGUAGAUGACACGCAACACAUUGCCCAAGCUCUUCAGGCUGCUGAGAAGCGACACUGCUCAAAGGCUCAAGAAGCUUUGGAUGUUGUAGAGUCACAGAUGGAUAGGGCUUGCAGCCAAAUUUUCUCUGCGACUUCCCAUGAUGUUAUGCAGACCAUCCAAGAUGAACUGGCUGUGAUCACGAUGGCCCUAAGAAACGUCAAGUACAAGGUCUCGUGCAUCGUUUCUUGUAGAAGUCAGCUAGAGGGGUCGUGUAAUGACAUGCACAAACUCCUCUGUGACAAGGAAGAUGCGCUUUCUGUGUCAUCUGAGCCGAUUGAAUUUGAUUUGUCACACCAUUUUGACUUGCCAAUCGACCUCUGUGAUGAAGUUGCCCAGAUAUCCCUCUUCCUAGGGGCUGUAUCUGUCGUCAUUUUUGGCAUCAGUCGCAGACACGGAGAGUUCUUCAUGGGAGUCCUUGCCCUCAUUUUGGGCCUUGCUAUGGAGGCUCAGAACCCUCACUCUGAGUCCCACCGUCAAAACACACACUCUCAAAUCCCACGCUCUAUGGAAACCGCCCUAUCGCACUUCAAGCUCAACAGCCAGACUACAGCUUACGCGGUCUGUCCAGCAUGCAACUGUACUUAUAGACCGACCACCAGCCUCAACUCAAGUCAUGCCCAAUAUCCCAUGAAGUGCUUCAACCGUCCGAUACCAGAGGAUGGUCCUUGUGAUGAACCGCUGUUGCAGCCCUCUGCUGAUGGAAAGUUAGAACCAAUCAAAAUAUUCCUUUAUCACCACUUUCACAACUACCUCGCUGGACUGCUGUCUCGUCCCGACCUUGAAGUGUUGAUGGAUAGGCCUUGCGAUGAUUUGCUGGUGUCUAUUGGCAGCCCACCUCAUAUUAUCAAGGAUGUUUGGGAUGCCAACUUCUUUCGCACUUUCAAAGGUCCUUCCAGGCAAUCCCUAUUUAUCAAUAGAGGCACUGAGGGUUGA